AUGAGCAGCGAGGGAAAUGUUCAUGGUCCACCACGAGAAGCAAACCCCCGUUUGCCGGCCUCAGACGAGGGGGGAAGCGUGCGGACCCUUGAAGACGAUGAGAAAGACUUCUUCGUACCCCGAACCUUCAUCGCCCCCGAGGAAUCUGACGCGACCAAGUCAACAGUCGAAGAGCUGGAGCAAAUCGUCUUGAUCAAACACCUCCCAGAUCGCAAGUGCCACCGUAUCUGCGUCCUGUCAACUUAUCCCCUCCGGAGUGUACUGCAUAAACCUGAGUUGUCGGGUCGAUUUGCCAAGUGGGCCAUCGAACUCGGAGAGUAUGACAUCGAGUAUCAACCUCGGACGGCCAUCAGGUCCCAAAUCCUGGCGGAUUUCGUGGCCGACUUCUCGCCAACCCUCGUGCUCGAGGUAGAGAAGGAGCUUUUAUUAAAAUCAGGCACAUCCUCCGGGGUAUGGACCCUGUUCACAGAUGGUGCCACAAACGUAAGAGGAUUUGGACUCGGUUUAGUCUUAAAGCCGCCCGUCGGCGGCAUAAUCAGGCAAUCCAUAAAAACCACAAAGCUGACUAACAAUGAAGCCGAGUAUAAGGCUAUGAUUCCAGGUUUGCAGUUGGUCAAAAGUUUGGGAGCCGAGACUGUCGAGGCAAAAUGCAACUCGCUCCUCGUGGACGGGAAGCUACCCAGGGAUCCACAAGAAUCGAGGGCCCAGCAAACCAAAGCGGCCCGGUUCUCACUUGACGAAAAUGGGGUUCUCUACAGGAGAACUUUUGAUGGUCCCCUGGCGAUAUGCCUGGGACCGGGCGACACGGAUUAUGUGCUUCAGGAGAUCCACAAGGGCACCUGCAGAAAUGACGCUGGGGGAAUUCGUCCGAAAAUGCGACAAGUGUCAGAGGUUCGCUCUCAUGAUCUACCAGCCCGGGGAGCAACGACAUUCCGUUUUAUCACCAUGGCCAUUCAUGAAGUGGGGGAUGGACAUUGUCGGCCCUUUGCCAACAGCACCAGUUGGAAAGCGCCAAAGGAAAUUGGAGAGAAACGCUGCCCGAGGUGUUGUGGGCAUAUCGGAGAACUCCAAAAUAAGCACCGGGCAAAGACACCUUUCUCCCUAGUGUAUGGCACCAAGGCACUGAUAUCGGUGGAGAACGAGGAACCAAGCGCCAGAUUCCGACACACUAGUGAGGGAUCAAACAACGAAGCCAUGUCAACGGCCCUCGAGCUGCUCGACGAAAGAUGGGAAGCCUCACUAGUUCGGAUGGCUGCCCAGAAGCAGAAAAUCGAAAGAUACUACAAUAGAAGAACGAAUCUCCGAUACUUUGGAAUCGGAGACUUGGUCUUAAUAAGGUUACCCUCAACACCAAAAACCCUAAAGAAGGGAAUCUAG